GGUUUAACAAAGAUGGCUGCGUCAGUUGCUUCGUUUCAUGGAACAAAUGUUUUAAGUUUCUUUUUCUUGUUUUCUGUCGUCACUUCUAACGAAAACACGACGAGCUUCAGUUUCAACACAACCGCGUUUGUUGACGGGAACUUAACAAAUGAAGCUGCUGAAAAUUAUACAACGACACAACCGGAGGAGUUUGAGUCACCGACAUCGACACCGACACCCGGCAGCACCGAGGAGCCCCCGGAGCCCCCGGAGCCCCUGGAGCCCCCGGAGCCCCCGGAGCCCCUGCCCGUCUCCGGCCGCCUGAUAACUCCUGUCUCCAAUGUUGGCAGGUUGUGUCCCUGUGAUGAACACAUGGAGGUGUGUGACAUCAGCUGCUGCUGUGACAGAGACUGCAGUGAGGAGGUGGCUCUGUUCACCAGCUGCUCAGUGGAGACUGUUGGUGGGAACAAUCAGCUGUGCAGCCGUGAUGUAGCGUCAUACUCUUUACUGAAUACCAUCGAUGGAUUCUCAGAAGUGUAUUCGUCUGUCAGGAAGGAGAAUAGUUACGACAUUUUGUGCAUUCAGUCACAGAACCGGGUGGAUGGUUUCUCUCAUCCCUCACCUGCUCUUCCAACAGACAGAAACUUUGACUCACUGUUUAAAACAUUCACCAGCUUUGUUUUCGACUCCGAGGAGGACAGGGGCGAGCCGUCAGCUGCAGAGCUCCAGGACUCGUCUGGAUACCAGUACGGAGACGUGAUGGGGACAGAAGCACAGAGUGGACAGAGAGGGAUGUUCAUGCUGCCAGCUCCUGGAGUUACAGCUGACUGUGUGCAGAACAGUCCUGCAGCGUUUCUUAAGGAUCACAGCAGUCGGUGUUCCCGGAAGGUGGUUCUGGAUCAGGACUGCGGCGGUCUGCCAGUCCUCAGUAUGGAAACCUACACCAACAUCCAACUGUUAUCUGGGAAAAGUAAAGACGCAGCAGUUGUUCCUGUGGAGGUGGCGUCAGUCGUCCUGCAGUCUGUGGAUGGGACUCAGUCUGAGCUUCAGAUCAGUGGUGCUGUAAACCUCAAGCCAGUUCUCCUGAAGCCGACCCUCUGUGCUCAUGUGGUGCUGAAGGUCGUUUAUACGAUGACGUACAAUCCAGCUGGUGAGAUCCUGAAUGUGACGGUGUCUCUGGUGCUUGGAUUUGUUAAUGAAGCAGCAUCGACCCUGAAGCAGGAGUUUCACAUCACAUUUGUCCAGGAGGAUCAGGAGGCGGCUGCUGUCCACUACAGUGGAAACCCGGGUUACGUGUUCGGACUUCCUCUUGUGUCUGGAAUGAAGACAGCAGUUGGGAUUACCAGAAGCAUCGACCCCGGAGACACUCUGUCUCUCCUCCACAGCGCUCAGGACCAGGACUGUCUGCGAGGACGACAUCAGCGCUCCCCAGUCCUGUUCGGUCUGGACUAUGUGUCCGGCUGCACGUUUAGGCUGGAGGAUGCUGCAAACUGCUCCCAGGUCCAUCAGGUGCUCCUGGACGUUCUGAGAGGACCAAACUAUCCGCAGUACGUGGCUUCAUUUGGAAACUCCCCGUUAGACUCUCCACUGGACUGGGUGCCCAUCAAAAGUAACUUAAACGCCGGGGAAGCUCAGAGUUGCAGCAUCCCGCUGUCUCUUCAUUUGGAAAUCGAGUGGACCAAAUACGGAUCCCUGGUGAACCCCCAGGCUCAGAUUGUGAACGUCAAAGAAAUCAUUCAAACCAACAGCAGCAGUUUGGUCCUGCUCUCUGCAGGCAGCAGCGUCCUGUCACUCAGCACCUCGGUGAGCUUCACACCUGUGUCUGCACCUGCUCUACAUGGCUACAGAGCCACGCCCACCAUCAACGCCAAACUGCCCUUUGACUUCUUCUUCCCUUUUGUCUGAAAACAUCUUUACCCCUUGUCACCGUGUGUAUACUUUGUGAAUAAUGUAAAUACAACUUUUCUAAGAUUAUUUAAUAAAAGUUUUUUUUAACAAAUGAA